UUUUACUGAACCCGUUUUUUUCCACUUCGUUUGUAUUUUCUGAAGCGGCAAGCUAUGCAGCUCAUUUUGCAAUAAGUGCAAUCACAACUUUCUCCUCCCUUCCUCUGCGCAACUUUGGGAAAUUGAAAAAAAAGAAAAACAACUCUUCCUCUCGCGAUAGAAGCUUGCUUAUGCAGCCGCCAUAUUCUGUGACAGUAUUUUGAUUCGUAUCUGCUGGAAGUGAGGAAAAAGAGAAAAGUGAAGGGCUGUCGAGGGGAGGGGGGGCUGAAGAAGAGGAUCUGUCAAAAAGGUAUCCCGAGUCUCUGUCAAACGGAGGGCUGAGGCUCGGUAUCCCUCCCGUAACGCUAUUUCGAGGACACACAAGGCCCCGGGCCUCGGUGCAUUUGGCUCUUGGUCUCCCUGGUAGUAGCUGGACCCCUCUCGGCUUCUCCUCUCCGAGCUCCGCGGCCCUCUGGAGGUCUGGCGGCGGUCUCGGGUGUUGAAGGCGGCCCGGGGAGCGGCGGCAGUGGCAGCGGAGACGGAAAGGAACCGAGAAUACCACGAGCGGUGGAGUGAACUGAUGGAAUGAGCUGGCCAAAGACAGAAGUGCUGCUAAUGUCCUGCUGUCUUUGUGCUUCAAAGAGCAUGAUGACAUACAAAGAUGUUCAAGAUGAAGGUGGUUUGCUGCCACGACUGAUGCACCAGUGUGCUGAACAGAACAAACAGUCCUGACCUGGCAGCAUACGAAUGGCCCAGGGAAGCCACCAGAUUGACAUUCAGGUUUUGCAUGACCUGCGCCAGAAGUUCCCAGAAGUACCAGAGGGUGUUGUCUCCCAGUGUGUUCUGCAGAACAACAACAAUUUAGACGCCUGCUGUGAAUACUUGUCCCAGGUCAGUCCGGGCUACCUGUACAGUGAAGAAGGAAACCUCAGCUUUUCUGACAACCCUACCUUCACCAGGCUUCCAAAUCACAUGACCCAGCUGAACCUGGGCCUGCAGUCUCAGAAUGUGCAUGUGGCCCCAGUUCGGGACGGCCUGAGAAUGAAUGGCAGUCGGACUCUGGCCCACAGCCUGAGUGACGGGCCCCUCCAGACAGGCCAGGCUCCCAACAGUGACUUCUUUCAGCAGGAGCCCCAGUCAGCCCCGGUGCAGGUACCCUCCAGCAUCAAUGUAUUUGGUGGGAUGGAGCCCACACGCAAACCGCAGCCUCCACAGCACCUUGGACUUUACCCUUUAGGUGUCAAAGGAACGAGUAUGGGUGCCCAGCAGGCACCACGCUUCAACCCCAUCACCGUGACGCUAGCCCCUAAUAUCCAGACAGGCCGCAACACCCCCACUUCUUUGCACAUACAUGGCGGGCCACAGUCGGGCCUCAGCAGUCCACAGGGUAACUCCAUCUACAUCAGGCCCUACGUUAGCCAGUCUGGUACGACCCGGCAGAACCAGCAGCAGGGAGGCAGGGCCCAGUACAGCCCCACUUCCCAGCCCCAGCAGCAGAUCUACCAGAUCUCGCACCCUUCCUCCGGCUCCUGGUCCAGCCCUCAGCACACCUCCUCACAUACCUCACAGCACCAGACCCAGGGCCACCAGACCUCUCAUGUCUACAUGCCAAUCAGCUCCCCCACAAAUCCCCAGGCGCCCUCCUUUCUUCCCACUGGAAGCCAGGCCUCUUCCUCUGGUGUCUCCUCGUGCUCUUCUUCUUCUUCCUCCUCCUCUGUCAUGCCCACCUCCCUGUCUACCAUCAGUCAGUACAACAUCCAGAACAUCUCCACUGGCCCACGGAAGAAUCAGAUAGAGAUCAAACUUGAAUCUCCUCAGAGGAGCAACUCUACAACCACAACAGCGGUGCUGCGGACAAGCAGUGGACCCCGGUCUUCUUCCACCUCCUCCUCCUGCCCUUCCUCUUCCUCCUCUUCUGCUGGUGGGGUGACUGUGCCCACCACUCCUCUCUCCAUUGGAGGCCCAUGUCUAAGCCGCAGCCAGCCCACUGUUUACAUCGCUGCCAGCCCACCUACUGCUGCUACCACUCCUUCUGAGGAGGCCGUCGUGGCCUCAGCCGGCUCCCGCUCCCAACCAAAGUUUUACAUUUCUGCCAACGCCUCCACUGAUGACAGUGGAGGUAGGAACCCUCCCACGGUCUACAUCUCAGCCAACCCUCCCUUGCAGGGGCCCUCGGGAGCCAGGAACAUGGGGGGCCAAGUAAGCAUGGGCCCCGCCUACAUUCAUCACCAUCCGCCUAAGUCCCGUGCCUCUGUGGGAGGGGGAGGCACUGCUUCUUCCCCACGUGUGGUGGUGACUCAGCCCAACACCAAAUACACUUUUAAAAUCACAGUGUCCCCCAAUAAGCCCCCAGCUGUGUCCCCCGGAGUCGUAUCCCCUACUUUUGAGCCCAACAACCUCCUCAGCCUACCGUCAGACCACCACUUUGUGGAGCCAGACCCCCUCCAUCUCUCAGACCCGCUGUCGCCACACAGGGAGAGGCCGAGUGAGCCUCGCAGACUCAGCAUGGGCUCUGAUGAUGCAGCAUACACACAAGCGUUGUUGGUCCAUCAGAAGGCCCGCAUGGAGAGGCUGUGGCACGAGCUGGAGCUGAAGAAGAAGAAGCUGGAGAAGCUAAAAGAAGAGGUCAACGAGAUGGAGAAUGACCUGACCAGGAGACGGCUGGAGAGAUCAAACUCGGCCUCGCAGAUUCCUUCUAUUGAGGAAAUGACACAGUUGCGGUCCAAAAACAGGUUACUGCAGAUCGACAUUGACUGCCUCACCAAAGAGAUUGAUCUCCUUCAAACAAAAGGACCACACUUUAAUCCCAGUGUAAUCCAUAACUUUUAUGACAACAUUGGAUUUCUUGGUCCUGUUCCACCCAAACCCAAAGGUACUUUAUCUUUUGACAGGAGAGGAUGUAGAUAUAAUGUGACCUCUGAGCUCAUGAUGGAGCCCUCUUCUGGUCCUUCCCUUCCUCUCCCGCUUGACUCGGGCAGUAAGAUUGCGAAGCCCACCGUAGACCAGGAGGAGGACGAGGGGACGCAGUGGAGCUGCACCGCCUGCACCUUCCUCAACCACCCCGCCCUCAACCGCUGUGAACAGUGCGAGUUCCCGCGGCACUUCUGAGCCAACAAGGCUGCAACGCGCCGCCUGCACACCUGUCUUCAACAGGACGAGAAUAGAAAAGGGCCUUCGUUUCGUUUACCCCUCGUUGUAUGAAAACUCAAGAUGGGUUGUAGUGCAUCAUGUGGCCUGUUUUCCUUGAUUUUUUUGUUUUUUCCUCUCCUCUCUAAGGUUUGUAGAAUGCUGUCCACUGAAGGCUUGACUGGAUAGUGUUUACAGCAUGUGUUUUUACAUAAAGGCUGGCAGAGACGGAUGAUACCUCACCUUAGAGACUUGGAUAGCGUGGGUCUACGGGUGACACUUUACCCCUGGGGAUACCUCGCUGCUCCCACUUACAGUAUUACAGUGUGGCCCUGCAGUGUGAUGGCACACAUACACGUACAUACACACAUACAUACACACACACACACACACACACACACAAUACAGGUGCCAAUGUGCCUUUUGCUGAUUGAAUCAUUUUGUUUUUCUUCCUCUGCGGUGGCAUGACCUGGGGAAUUAGGAACUGUGUUCAGCCACUGCUCUCCAUCUGAAGGGAAAACUAACAGACUAAUGUUGGACUUUAAAGUUUGUUUGCUGUUUCUAGAGGAUGUCAAAGGGGGAACUGGUAGUGUCACUGCCACACAAACAUGUCUCUUGUCCCGCCACCUCCCGCCUGUUCAAUAUUCCUUGUCUGGCUCUAGAGUCACGAGUUAAUGAAAAAACAGAAACUGAGUUGCAUGCUUUGUGUACAGUACACGGAGGCAGAAACUGUCCUUUUGAGCUUUUUACUGUACAUAAUUUUAGAAUGUGCCUUAAAAGCCUUCUUCCUCACACUAUGAAUCACUUGUAUUUCCUGUAAGUAUAGCUUUAUAGACUUUAUUACCUUUUUUGUCUUGUUUUGUUUCCCUCUUUCAAACAAAUAAGCACCAUCCUUCCCUUUUUUAAGCUUUUUACUUGAUUUCUGUGAGAGUUGAAGCCUUGCAGAAGGACAGGAGCAGAGCAGUAAAAACCCUUACAGUCAUGAAGCUACAUUUGCCCAGUCCGUUCAUCGCUUGUGUAAUUGCUGAGUUUCCUGUGUACGAUCUGCAGAUGCAGCAGAGUGGAAGGCGAUGGAGGAGCCUUUUGUUUUUUUUUGUUUUUUUUUGUUUGUUUUUUUUGUUUUUUUUGUUUUUCCCCUCCCCUCUCCAGGAACGCCAAAUAUGUUGGGACUGUUGGGGAAUGGAAGGGGGAAAGGGGUCAAAAAUCAAAAUUACAAACUGCCAUCUUAUCUGACAACUGGAAUGUAGGUUUAAUGUUUGGGGACAACUACACCUCAGUGCAAAGAGACACUCGUUUUUCAGUACAAUCAGGAGGUUACUGCAGAUCCUGGAACAGCUGAUUGGCUUUUCCAUGUUGCUCUGCACCUGAAUUGGGUUUUUGUGAGGUAUCAAAGUGAAUAUGUUUGUUUCUGUGAUGUAGAAAUAUUCAUAUGGGUCCCAUAACAUCUUGGAAGCAGACAAGGCAAAAUGUAAGCACAACAUGACUGUCCACUUUGUAUACUCUUAUUUUGUAUUUGGCUCAUUUCAUCCUCCUAAGCUUCUAUUUAUGAGGGUGUUUCUAAAGUUUACUUAUUGUCAUUAACUUACCUUAACUGUGGAGUAGUUAACUUUGUUUUUUUCCACAUUUGUGAAAUGUUGCCUUGCAUCAGUGCCUUUAGAACUAUUGAAUUUGUAUUGAUAAUCUAUCCUGUCACAUCUGAGUGCCAUUUUUUUUAAACCAAAUUCCUAGAAUUGUUUAAACCCAUUUAAAAGUAGAAGAUGAAUUAUUGUCUCUGAAGCACUUGCACCAUACUUUUUUUUUCCUUUCUCCAACCCAACAAAACCAAUUUUCAGCUUUACCUGCACCUUGGUGUGAAGAGGCAGUUUAUUCAUGUUUUAUUAAAUGGAAAAAAAAUAAUUUGGAUAUCUAAAGUGUUUUUUUGGAUUUUAGCUGGGAAAACUGUCUUUGUAACAGAUAAGUUAUUUGUAAAAAUAAUAAAAAAAAAUCUAUUCUGA